AUGAAGCCUUUUAUUAACCAAUAUUCUAAAUAUAAUUCAUUAAGUGAAAUAAAAAAUGAUGAAAAAUUUACAAAGAGUCAAAGAACUAUCGGAAAUCCUAUUAAAAUUACUGUUUUGCGUUUCAUUUUAACUACAAUAAGACAUCAGCUUAUAAAAGAACUUCAUCAAAUUUCAUUAACAAAAAGAAUAGAUAUGUUAAAUGAAAGAGAAUUAUUAAAAAAAAAAAUUUUAUAUUUUGACAAGAAAUAUGGUGAAAAUUUAUUACAUGAUCAAUUAGAACAAGCAUUAGCAGUAAUUCUUAGUGAAAAAGGAUUAGAUAAAUUGCCAGAAUUUUUCCCAUGUGUUAAUAGAAAUCUUUUUUAA